AUGUCUUCGAAACUCAUUCCAUCCAACCCGGCCGAUGUGAUGGUCAUCCGCCAUGUCACGCCCAACAUUGUGACAUUCUCUGUGCCUUUUGCGCGGUUCGGCACAGCCAAGAUUGGCGGUCGUGGAACUCUUGUGAAACUGAGUUCUGGGAAUCUGGCCCUCUUCUCGCCCGUGGCGCUCACCGAGGCAGCCAAGGCCAAGGUUGCCGAACUGGGCGGUAAUCUUGCCUACAUCAUCGCAUUGGAUUACGAGCAUCACAUUUUUAUUUCCGAGUGGGCCACGCAGUAUCCAGGAGUCAAGAUCAUUGGGCCCGAGGGGCUCCCUGAGAAGCGAGCCGGGCAACAUGACCCAAAAAUCGGAAAGGAGGAAUUCGCUGUGGUCUUCAAGAAGGAGAAUAAGCACGACAUCAAGAUUGACGACGAGUUUGAUGCCGACUUUGACUACGAGUAUGUGGAUGGUCACGCAAACAAGGAGAUUGUUUUCCUUUACAAGCCCGAGAAGGUCCUCAUCGAGGCUGACCUGCUCUUCAACAUGCCCGCCACCGAGCAGUACAGCAAGGUGCCAGAGGCGGAAAAGAAGGAGGGGUUCCUGGGCAAGUUGUUCGAGGGCCUGCAGAACCCACACGGCGAUAACAAGUGGAUGAAGAGGUUCAAUUGGCACGUGGCGGCUAAGGACCGCGCCAGCUUCAAUGAGAGUGUGAAGGUCAUCGGCAAAUGGGAUUUUGUCAAGCUAAUCCCGUGCCACGGAGAUGUGGUGGAGGAAAACGCGAAGGAGAUGUUUAGCCAAGUCUUUGAGUGGCAUCUGAGGGCAUGA